GUAGUUACAUUGAUAUGACAGCUACCGUACCAAAUAGAACAAAGUUCGCCGAUUUAAAUAAAGGCAAUAAUGUAUGCUUUACACGCAUAGUGAUCGAUACUGUUUUUUAGAAUUCAAAUUUCUUGCUGGUUUAAUACGAAGAAAUAAAUGACAAAUUCCUGAUACAAGUUUUGACAGUUACUGUAAUGUGGAUUAUCAGAUGAAGACACAGGAAUGUCCUGACUGGAAAAUUCAACCAUUCCAAUGUCUUCAUUCAAAUUCAAAGAACUUAAAGGUGUUGCAGAUGAUGUCCGAUUCAAAGAUAAAUAUAAACACCAACUGUCCGAGUUCCAGGAAGAAAUUAGAAAGUUAGAGAAUGCUAUUUUAGAGGCCGAUAAGAGAAAAUAUGAUGCCGCAAUAAAGAAUAUAAGACAACUUAUAAGGAAUAGAACCAAUGGUUCGCGUUUUAAGGAAUUCGACGAAAAACUUAAAGAGUUAGAAUCAAAAGUUAAGAAAGGAGCUGGAUUUUUAAGUGUUAUAAUUGAAACAAAAACAGACGAGAGUGGGGCGGUCGGUGGUCGUAAGCAAAGCAAAGAAAGCGGUCCUAUUUUGAAUGGCCGACAAGGAACUGAAAGAAAAAGGACAAAGGCAGAGACACCACGUGAGCUUGUCAGUGUAAAGGAAGAUACUGAUAACGAUGAAUGUCGAAAUGAAAUAGAAAAAUUGAUAGAUAAACUCGAAAACGCAUGUAAAAACAAUUCUAUACAGGAAAAUACUGACAAAAAAUCCAGUAAUGCGGGGAUCAAGGAGAAAAGGUCUCCAAUUAAGCAACAAUUUGACAGAGUACAUGAACAGACAGACAGAAUCAUAGCCCGUCUUGAAAUGACAAGUGUCAUGAUUAACGUAAAAGGCAAAGCCCAAGACAAACUCGUAAAGAAUGCCACAGAGAAUGUAGAACGUGAAGCUAAAGCAAGAAUGGAAAAAGUCAUUACAUGCCUUAAGAAGUUGGAAGAGCAAAUAGACGCAAAUAAAGUUGACGUUAAGUUUUUUCAAAAGCUAGAAGGCAGUGAAGAAGAAAAUCAAAUAAAGGCUUGUUUGGAAGACAUUUGCGUUAAAGUAAACAACAUUUGUGAUAAAGGCAAAGGGUUGACUGACAUUCAGAAAAUAUUAGAAUCAGAAAUAACAUCUCUUAAGAAUGACCUAACUCAUUUUGCUGAUACAGAUGAACCUGCAAUUCAAAAGGUCACCAAAAACCAACCAAAAUUAGUGAAAGACAUACUUGAUGCAAGAAAUCAGCUAAGUAAAAUUAAGAAAGAAGUUGCUAAGGAAACCAUUAAGAGAUUAUCAAAAAUGGCUGGAGCAAAUUUAACAGACAACAAUCCAGCUAUAGCUGAUUUGAGUGAUCCAUACAGAGCAACUAAACUUGCCGAGCAGUUUUCUGAGCUUUACGACAAUUUGUGGACCGACGCAUCCGAGGCUCUAGAAAUACCUGACGAAAAAGAAUGUAUACAGUAUCUGCUAAAUAUAGUCGUUGAAUCGUAUAGAAUCUGUGCGGAUAUUUCAAGUAAGCAACAGAUCGCUCUUGCUACGACAUUACAAAGGCCAACCGAAGGGUUGUCCAACAAGACGGUAACAAAUGAGUUACACCAUUUUAUGUAUCACAUUGUGUUAUAA